GAUGUAAUCGUCGUCAGAAUGCUGCUUCCGACUUCUAAGCGGACGUGGGAUUUGUGUCUGUAAACCCCAAGGCUGCUAAUCCAAGGUCGAUUACUCCAUGUCGAUACCCCAAGAGCACGUAUAAACGAGCACGUACUUAAUCAACAUAUACACAAGAGGCGCCCUCCGUCCUUGCUACUGUGCGGCGGCUACUACUCUACAGCCAUCUCCUCGUACCCGCAGAUACUGGAGAUGCUACAACUACUUUGAGGAAUACUUAUACUUCUUCUGCCACUGGUAAUACUCGGUGUCCAGCACAAUCGGAAUAGAAGUGUUACUAUCGGGACCAUUAUACUACGACACGCAGUAGUCCUCGUAGACCAUUAGUAGUUCUCGUAACCCCCGCCCUCGAAUGCAACAAUUCGUCUUCCCCCCCCUCUUUGUUGGACUCAUUUCCAGGAAUGGGUAGACUACUACUACUAAGAAGCGACUCGCGGCCCCUCGUACAAUCUGGGCUGACAAUUGUGACGUCACUUCAACGACUACUAUUGGAUUUGCGAGUACAACUAGUGCGACCACGUCUACUGAUGCUAGUAAUAAUGCAUUACAAGAACUCCUACUGGUCGUGCUGCCACUAACACGACGACUCACUACCAACACUUACUUACACUACCCCCUCUGGAAGAACCUUCCCAACGUCGUCAACUGUACCUGGAAGAGCCUGCAGACAAAGUACAUCCACAUCUUCGCAAGAACAAGCCUCAUCAACAACCUUCACCGAAAAGAUGCCGCCUCCAACGCGAACGUCGGUCUCUCCGGAGAUGCGGAGCAAGAUGAUGAAAAGGUUUUGGUUGCACACUUUAACCCCACGCCUAGCCACGCGACACCUUGACAUCUACAAUAAUUAAGGCACCUGCUUCUUAACUGCAGGUAGAUGAACUAGAAGAUGCGAUAAUAUGUCUAUCAAGGUUAGUUUUUACCUCUGGAGUCUCAGCCCUUUCAACAAGCUAUAUGUCUAUCAAGGGUGCACGGAAUAGAAAAAUAACUCGAGUAUCAUGAUCACUUGCGACGCACUGAUGAGAAAAUAACUCUGUUUUCAUCGUUGGUUUAGAUACUGUAAAGGUUUCAAGAAUUAUGAUCUUUUUAGAUCGCCCGUCUCAAUUCUGGAAGGCGUACUAAUUUACCCGACGAUGAUGAACAUGAACAUUCAUUGUACCGCAUGAAUGGCUUAACUACAACUACUGGCUUGUCCCUCCAUUAGGCUAGGAGUACUACAUGGGACACCAAGUUGCUGAUACAACAACUUCUACUACUGCUCCUACUACUACUCCGAGGCCUGUAGCUACUUCUGAGGCCUGUAGCUACUCCCCAGUGUACUACUACUCCUACUACUUCUACUAGACCCUACUAAAUGACCCGUUCGCCAUAGGUCUAAUAUACGGAAGAAAAAGCAGUAGAUCAUAUUGAGCCUGGUGAAGUGGUGGAGAUUCAACCGGAGGAAGCAACGGACGACUUCUUUCCCGUGAGCGUGCAAUCGGUACAGGGAUUCUUGAUUAAGGCAAGUGCUCAAUAUAAUUCCAUUCAUGCGUUGUCGUUGUCUACAACAACUCACUUGAAGUAAUAGAUAUAAUUCCAUUCAUGUUGCGUUGUCAUCGUCUACAACUCACUUGAAGUAAUAGAAGCAGCACAGACUCAUAAACUUGUUACAACACUUGAAUAACGAUCUUCAGUUCUUUGUAGAAGUCAUUUUGUUCCUUUUUUGUUUUAAGAUUGAUCUUCCUGCGAAAAUGUUGAAAGGAACUGUUAGUUGUUCAGGAAGUGUUGAGAAAUAUUCUUGCAUUCUUGCGCUGCAGGCUGCUCUAAUUUAAGACGGGAUGCGGACUGUCACCCCUUUGGCGGCAAGGACUUGCUGGAACUCCCGCUUGCGCUCACUGUCACUUUGCUGGACGAUUUGCACAAGAAUAGGGACGACGCUGCCGAUUCUCUCGCGAGGAUCUUUCUCAUGCUCUUUUCAGAUGUACUACUCCAUUGUAAAUUCUAUGGACCAAGGAACAAGCCCUCUUCUUCUAGCUCUAUUUUUACCAAAGAACUACACUGUAUUUAUGUCGACAGGAAGAUGAAUAUGGUUCUUGGCCUCCUUUAAUUCCUCGAAUCUUUCUCAUGCUCCUUUCAGCUGUACUAUGAUUCUUUACUGAAGACUUGUUUCUGUUGAAGAGUCAGUGAACUAGUAUUUUCACGACGCAUAUUAUUAUACGCAGAAUACACCCUCAGAAGUUGGUAAGUGCUAAAGCCUUCAGUUGGUAAGAACGAAAGCCUUCGAUUGAUGCUAAGUCACAUGAUGUUCUAAAACCUUAUCUUGUUUCAUUUUUAUUGGUUUUAGUUUCUAGGUAGGUACCAAAUUACCAAAACCUUCAGUUGCCGGUGCUUGAAAAAGAGUUGGCGCUGUUGGCCUCCCGAGUGUGGCAAAUGAUGUGCUGGGGUCCUGUGGGAAACGGUGGCGCUUUUGUUAAGGCAAGUGUAGACCAUUAAAUGUGAGAUAUAAUCACCCUCAGCGAAGGCGUUCCCAACUAUCUGAAGCAAGUGAACAAGUAGAGCACUAUCUACUGCGCCUCAGUGAAGUAGACCCCAAUCAGCGAAAGCAACCCAAUCAGCCAUUUAGAUACCUCUAAUUUUGGGCAUUUCCGUGACGCUGCGAAGAUCGCUCAGCCGUUUUUCGAGAAGGUGUAUUCCUUGGUCUACGCCGAUCUGGAGAUAUCCUAUCCAGGCCUAGCACAAAGUCACGAGUUCAUUAAGGCAGCAGCUCGUUGACUACACUGAUUGUCUACAGCACAACACUCACGCUGAGACACCAGAAAAAAGCGUUCAUCUAUACCGAUCGACUUUUUAAUCAGCAUCUCAAUCUAAUGUGAUUUCAUAAGAUGAUAGUUGUACAAGCUAAAAAUCGCGAUAAUUCCAGCUUACAUACUCAAAUGCUGCUUCUAAUUCCUUCAACGGCCGGGAGGCAGUAAAGGCGAGUCUUGCAGUUUUGCUGCGUUCUGAGGCCGACGAACGUGCUGAACUGCCACUGCAUUUUUUACCGCCAGAUGUGGUGCAAAAACUCGCAACUUUGGACGUUCUUUCGCUGGAAAACUCUCUUCAGCACAUCGAGGAGGCGCAUAAAAGUACUAGAAGAGUCUACCUUUCUUAUACUGUACAAAUUUAGGAUAGAAGUUCUUGUUUACAGGCUGCUCGUGUCGACGGAACUCUUGUUCAUUUAUCUCUAGUGGGUUAACGAACUCUUGUCCAAAGUUAGGGUAUCGAACUCUUGUUCAUCACUAGUCAGUGGGGGAACGAACUCGUGUUCAUCACUAGUGGGUUGUAGGGAACUCUUGUUCAUCACUAGUGGGUUACAGCAAACUCUUGAUGUUCAGAGUAGGAUAUAGAAUAUUUUUUAAAGAAGAUGAAGAGUCGUUCCUUAAAUUCUAAGGCUUACGAGACUGUUGAAAACUAUAUGCCCUGGACGGAUUGUUUGUAUGAAUGGUCACUCACUUCACACACUUUCAGCAAUGCAGGGAACGUUUCAGCGCACGUACUUGGACGAAGAUGGCGACGAGAAAGCGAACGCUGGAGAAGCAGGCGGCCUUUUCGACAAAGGGAAAGUUAAGAGUCUCAGACGAGUCAAUUACUAUCUAGUUCUGCUGUAAUCAAGACUGGUUAACUAUACUACCAUUGUUUCUUGUAAGACUAGUUUACAAGCUUUCACCCAAUAAUCACUACCAUUGUUUGUAAGGCUAGUUUACAAGCUUUCACCCGAUAAUCAGCUGUUCGUUGGUGUGGACUGCGCCUGAGUGAGUGAGUGAGUGAGUUAUUCCUCUUAGAAGGCUGUCCAGAGGUACCACAAUGAAGAAGUCAUGGGGACGAUUGUCAGAGGGAUGAAAGGGGUCCAGCACUCAAUCUAUCUUCAGCGAUAGUGAUCCUCGACUCCCUUUAAGAAAGACGGAGAAGCGCAGGAGCCGGAGCGAGCAGACAUCGGGCAGAUCAAAGCUACUUUGAAGAGAAGCGAGGACGGAAAAUAUUGGGUCUUCACCGAUUCAAAAGAACAUUAUGGCAGUCGAUAGUCUAGUAGAUCAUCUAGCUCCCUUCAUGAUUCAGAGAUGUUGUGGGCCGCCUGUUCGCUGCAAUGGAUUAUUUGAGAGAAAAAAGCAGUAGAUCUUCUAAUGCGUGGAGAAGAAGGAGAAGCUGAGCCAUCCGAAUGAGCUUACGCUGACUUACUUACCAUCGGGGCAAGGAAAGGACAUGAGUGCCAUGUUCGAUUUCAACAAUAUCAAAGACGCAGACUCAGUGGUGGAUACGAGUUCAGCAGGUGACAGCAGUGAGGCGCUAGCGAAAGAAGAAAAGGUUUUCGACCUCAUAAAUCCUAGGCUAGUCCCUCCAUCCAGUUCAUAUGUAGGUGCAAAUAUUUAAGAACGAAGAUAGAUCGAGAUCAGGGGCGUGUAACACAGCAUCAUGGAUGUUGAAUUUAUUCUAUUUGUUGAAUCGUCGGGCGGUGUCUCUCUUCCCUUAUCAGGAGUGUGCAUACUUAAUAACCUGAAACAAACAAAAGUAGUAUUUUAUCCUGAACCAAACAAAAGUAUAGUACCUUAUCCUGAAACAACAAACAAAAGUAUAGUACCUCUUCACCAUCUACCUCAGGCACUUCUACAACGGUCUCCGAAGUUGCGAAUAGAUGGCUCACCAAUUUUCAACGAGACGAAUAACAUGGGCGUCGACAUUUUUGGUACGAAGAGCGGAGUUGAGCCAACCUUCCUCAAGGAAAUAGAUCACUUACGGAUGAACUUCUGUUGUAAAGCAAAUUAUACAACUACACUUAUAAUUUGAAAUAGAUCACCUAAUUGGAGGAGUUUUAUGAUGGUAUAAAGUAUUCCUUCUAUUGAAAAAACCCGGGUCAUGAAAGAAAGAGGAUAAUCCCUUCCCAAAUCCGCUAUGACUACUCCUCGGGUUCUCGAUUGAUAGAAACAAUGGACAUUAACUAAAUAGGACUAUUAAGUAUCUCAACUACGCUUCUGGCAAUUCAAGUAAAGUGAAAGCGCUUAAAGUUGUGAAAGCACUAAGAAAAAGUUUAUCGGCUAAUUUUCCUCGUGUUAUUAUUGCCCUCCGCUGAUUCUUGUACGACAAAAAACUAGAACUACUCCUGAUAGAGUUGUGUACCAUCCUUUUAGACUCCUGAUACACAUUAAGACUCCUUAUGCACUACGAACACGAAAGUUAAACUACCAAAACCCCUGGACCUGUAUCCGAAGGAUGCAAGCUUAUCCCUUUCUAAAUCCUGGAUCUCUUGGAUGGUUGUAUGACCAAGUAGACUGGAAAUCUGCUGUGGGAGACGGCGGCGACUUUCUUAUCAAGAACCCAAAGGACCGCUUUAGCCGGAUAAAAUACUUCAAGGACGCCGAUAUUAGUGUGCCAAUUGACCCUAUGAAAAAACCGAAGAAAAAACUAGACCCCGCACGACUCGCCAAGAGCAAAAAGAAUGCUCUUGAUAAAGGAGCUAGAGACGUAUACUCCGAUUAUUUAAAUAUCGACCCUUUUCUUUUUGUUGGAGAGGGUCAACUAAAAGAAAUUUCAUUUUGUGAGUGAGGAAAAGUAAGUUAUGAUCCAAGUGGUAGAAGUCUAGUCCUAGUUUGUUGUGCUAGACGUAAAACUAAUUUUUUUUAGACGACUGCCGCUGUACGAUCUCUCUGUCAGGCGGCGUACCUAAAGCAACCAGGGUUGCAGAUUAAAGAUUUUUUUGCGAAGGAACAAGCCGCCUUCGAAGCGCAGAGCGAACGGACUAUAAAUGUAGCUGGCUUCCUAAGAAGGACGAACUUAGCAAACGUCUUCUUGGAGUCCUUGCACAGGUAGAAAUACUGUCUUUGCAAUUGGAGUUGUUUGGAAUUGCACAACAGUGGCCGUGUACAGAUAAAAUGCAAAUGGGUAGUUUUCUUUGACGUAUAAUCGAAGAUACGUUGUAAAAAUCAUAUGGUUCUUGUUUGUGACUUUUUACGGCUUUGCUCUAUGUGUUGUCCACCCUAUCAGACUCCAAUAUAAAGCAAAAUCAUCCUCAUCAACUCUUAGAGUUCCAAUUCCAAUAACUCCAUCUCAUCUCGUGGACAAUAACCAAAAAGGUAUUUCCUCGACCCCACGCGCCGUGCGCUUUGUUUGGAACAAAUAGCAAUGCUGGUGCAGCAUCCGCCCCAUGUCGAUGGAUCCUUGCCCAUGACGCAUCCGGAACUAUUAAGGCUCAUACUAAUUCACUUUCACAGCUAAUCUUCUGCGUUUUUGCCUUUAAAUUUUUUUUUUCCACACUCGAAGAAGGUAGCAGGUUCCUCGCCAAGACCUCUACAAUCAGGGUUCUGAAAAGAGGAGCUUAGAAAGUGAUAAAAAUUACUGUGAGCUCUAACGUGAGUGAAGCAAGAGAUAGCAGACGAUGUUCUACACAUCCUGAAGAGCGAUGGAACGAUGAAGAAAAUGAUUGAUAGCAUCCAGGAAGGCGAAUACGACUACACGGAUUUAUACAAGAGUGCGGAAAACCUCUACGCUCUCGUCCGUAAGCACCCGAAGUGUCUAGCCGAUGACAUCGCGGACGCUUUGUCGUACACCACAGCCGCUUGCGAGGCAGAAAUCACACGGGUAGAAAAGGAACACGCAGAGGCGCGGGAACGCUCUUUAAGAGCAUCAUGAGUAAUUAGUAGUUCAUUUACGUAUUCUUAACGGUCUUUAAGAGCAGAGGCUUGUUCAUCUGUAUAGCAGUUCAUUUACAUAAUUUACUAAAAAUGACCUCCCGGCAGCCGAACGAGCGGAGUACUCCUCUGCACAGAUACAGCCAGUUUCUUUCUUUGAAGUGAAAUAGCUUCUUGAAUUCUAAGGCCAAUGUGAUUGUUUUCUUUUCCUGUAGAUAGUUGUUUCUCCUUCUUGGAUUCUUGUGAGUGAAGAGAAAUGACUUCGUCCCUACCGCAAGGUCUAAUGUAACUGGAAUUAGGCGCCGACGCACCGAAAGCGAUCUCUAGCGACACCGAGUCGGAAAAUCCGACGGAAGUUGGGGUUGGUGUCGAGGAAAUCCUAGAUCGCAUCUCUCUUUUUCAUUAUGAGAAGAUGAUACUAGACGGAAGUAACUACUGACUUACGUAAAAUUGAUUAAACUUCUUCUACAUAGGGGGCUGGCUAUUUACGUCAAUCAGAGCAGUACAGCUAUUUCUGGACGAAGUGUGGAAGUCUUCAGCUUUCUACAAGUCGAGGGAGUCUUCAUGCUGUCAAAUCCCUCCUCUAAUCUAGUCAGGAUUUGACGGAGAUAGUGGUUGACCUAGGAAUCAAAGGUGGACGAGAAGACGUGAAAUCCAAAGCCGAUGUUGGCUUCGCCUACAUUGCGGAAUCAGCGUUAAGGGCAAUAAUUUCAAUUUCUAUUUAAAUCUUCACAGCUUUUUUACUAUGAAUUUCUUGAAGCCGCAUUUGUCCCUGGAUGCAAUCUAGGUGGGGGUGUCCUCACGAGCAUGGCUUCCUUCUCAAUGUUAAAUAGUUUCUCAAGGAGGUGAGCGCGGGGAGGACUAGCCAUCACUACUUGAUUGUUGCUACUAGUGGAAACAACUCUGCAACUCAGAGGUUCUUAUGAAUGUAUUAUGCUUACGCUUGUGGUCGAUGUUACAACUUCUCGAAAAAGCCUUCUAAUAGCAGUCAAAGUAGUACAGCUGAUGAUCGACGAGCGGCAAAUGGGGAGACAUACACGCACGUAUUAUUUAUUUACAGUACCUUUCAUCUGCUUGGCCGUGAAGCGGUGGACCCUUAACCUUAACCUUAACCUUUCAUCUGCUUAUUCUGUUUCUGACUAGUGUUUCUUCACCUGGAAAAUUCAGCCGGUCACUAUUCAUUUCCACAAGAACAUUGUGAAUCCCCAAGGACGACACUCUGACUUUCAGGUCGGAGCGUGAAUUUCUGGAAGCUGCGCUGGGGCAUUUUACCUUGAAGCUUGUUGUCCUCUGUGCUUAUGAGCAUUUUGACACCAUCGUGCAUGACGAGUACGACGACCCGAGGGCAAGCUACCACGACCAACUUUUGGCGGCGACAAAAAAGCGUGGUCUCGAAUUGCUUGACAUUUUCCGCAAGACCUUCAGCGAUCGGGACCUAGACGAGAGUCUCUUCGAUGCCAUUAGGGAAAAGCUCUUCCUGGAAAUCAAUGAUGUCACGUACGUGGUUGCCAACGAACAACAAAGUACUUCUUUCUAACCAAUGAACAUCGAUCUCUGGAUUUUUCCUUUCUUCUUGCUCGUCAAUUCUGUCAUUUUUUGGUGUCCUCACUUUAUCGAUCUUUUGUCCUUUGACAACUUCGUAUCGAAGCAGAAGCUAUUUUUCGAGUCGUGAAAAAAUUAAGCCUCGAUUCUAUCCCCCACUUAUGAAUUCGCCACAGAUACAGCACUCCCGCAGACGGUGGAUAAACUGUCGGAACGCAGUAUGCUCGCAUGGCGAUUUCAAGCGGAUGUGGAUAUCCUAGUGGAUGCGAUGUUGAAAUAAGGCUUCAAAUUUUAGUUGUACUGUGGAUGUACCUGAGAUGAAGUUAAUUCAUCGUUUCCUCCUCUAACAAGCACAAGUUAGCAAACGCAUUUGGGAUGGUAGUGCCAAACGUUCCAACGUACUUGCAGAAUUCGAGAAAGUGCUCUCGACAUUAGCGCACAGAAGCAUCGUUGAGCGUCCCGCGUUCUACGUCGAUGCCGGUGUCGGUUUCAAACCUGAGCUGGAAAGCCUCGCGAGGAAGUUGGAAAUCGAGCUUCUCCCACAAUCCUGUCAAAUGGUUUCUAGCGUUGUUUUAGCAACCUUGUGCGUCCAUCAUGCGCAGUACUUGCAGAGGAUGCAGGAUAGUGUUAAGACUUCUCGACGAAAUCUCCCAUGUUUUGAAAGCCAUCCCAUUUUUGGACUACAGGGUUCGUCUAAUAGUAGUUUGGAUGUCGCUGACCGUGUGACGUGGACCAACCGCUAUGAGCACAGUCGCAUGGCUACUUUGGACACGCUGGUAACCACGGUAGCGAAGUUGAUCCGACAACGGGUGGAGAAGAUGCAAACGAGUGAAAAAAACAAGAACGUCAUUGAAGAAGAUUAUGGUCGUCGUGUCCUAGUAUUUAAGUUAUAUCUUUUUGUAGACACCUAGUAAGGUGUUAUAGUUAUCACCUAGUUGUAAGGUACUUACUACCUUAUAAGUUAUCACCUCUAGAGACUUAGCCCUUCCAACAAUACCUUAUAAGUUAUCACCUAGUAAUAUAAGUUAUCACCUCAUAUUUGUAGACACCACCUAGUAGUAAGGUACUACAUCAAAAAAGCUGUUUUGUUGUAUCUAUGAUCGUGUCUCAAAGAAGACGCAAUAACGAACAAGCAUUUCUCGUACUCUCUCACCAUCUCUAAAACCUGAUACUAGCCGACUGCGAAGGCAAGCCCGACUUGGCGUACGAGCGUGCGGAGCACCUCUUGUUAUGGGGUGCAUCUCCCAUAAAUCCAUCUUCACGUCGGCAGGCAUCCUGAGACCGUUUUGAAGGGGAAACAGGUCGGUCCCAGGAUGACUUUCUUCCAGAUGGGUCUCCCUAAUCUAUCUAUGGAAAGAGACCGUUUCGUCUAUUUCUUUCACUGUUGCCAGUAUCUUCGUGAGUCUAUUUUAAAAUAUAGUAGAAGAAGGUCUUCUAAUGUGGAAGUUUUUAGUGUGGAAACUGCACACGGAUCUCAUCACAGCAACCGAGGUUGGGGUGUUGGAGCAGCCAAGUAUGCAGUUAGUGCCCAACCCAGAAAUAGUGGCGAGUGAGAUCGUGAUGCAGUUCGCAGCGAUGUUAGAGGAUCGCGUUCGACGACUGCACAUCAAAGACGCACUGCUCAUGAACGCAAGCUGGCAGAAUCCCUUCGUCACAGAGAUCGCUACGGCAAGGUGGUUGUUACAGAACUUGUCUAAAUGAUAAGCAAGAGGUGGAGGUUGUUGUUUCAAGGUGUUGUCUAAAUGAUGUUGAUAAAUGUUUGUUUUAUAAUGCUACGUACUAUAUUGAUUAUGAUUUUUACCUUGCGAGGACGAGUAGAAUUUGGCUGAUGAUUCACAAGGAGUACCUACAUCUAGAACCUGAACUGCCGAAUGCGAGAAGUAUUUACCUCAUAGAACAAUUACCUCCUAGUUGUACAACUUACUACAAGUAGAGCUAAGAAGUGAAAAAUUAACAAAAAGUAUUUGCCUCUAGUGACUACUACUAGAGCUAUUUUUCACAACCGAGAAAGUGUACUAAGUGCGAGUUACAAAUCGUCUCCUUCGCAUCUCCUUCUAACUCGUGCGUGCAAUUGCGAAUCAAGUGUGCUGCGCUUUAUGGGUCGAUUGAGCAAAUUGAGGAUGACAAAAAGGACGGCCUGGGUGAAAGCAAAGAUGGCCAAGAGGGUCCACUUUCCGACAAGCCUACGGAUUCGCAACUUUUGCUAAGGCAGGAAGUUUUAGCUUGAGUUUGUUUCUAAAGGUGGGAUGAAGUUUCAGUUUUCUCUUACUCUCCUAAAGGUGGGAAGUUAAAGUUUUCUUUUAUAAAAAGGCACUAGAGUGAUAUCUACAUCCUCCAUGUGCAUACUUUUAAAGAAAUCCAGCUUCCUCGCUUGUUGAUUGUCGCAGACGCGGUUUCAAGUAAGUCAUUUGCAACCGGCUAACCGAGCUACCACUUUGUUUCAAUUUGUAAGAAAGUUCUUUGGCUUUGCACGCCCGCUUAGGAUUGAAGUCAUACCUCUGGACAAGAUGCAGUCUGCAUCUAGUAGUCUCGUCGUUUUUCGAAUGGAUAACCUCAAAGAAGAUUCAGGGAAGUCUAGACUAAAAACAGGAUCAUCUAACUUCCACCGAUAUGAUGGGAAAAGCGGCUAAGCAAGCUCAGACGGAUAUCUCGUGUACUAGAGGCGACGACUUGCCACCCGAGGCGAGGUAUCUGACUCCGGGAGAAAGUGGGAAUAUGAACUUAAGGCUCUCACUACUUCAUCUUUGACUGCAGCUGAUCCCUGAAGAAGAGCUGCGUGGGGCAGAAUCGCAGGGAAAUAGUGCGCUAGCUCCCCAUAAUAUUUUUCAAGGCUGCAGCUGAAAGAUGAAGCUCAUAGACCUCCAAUGAACGACAAAGCAGUAGGCGAGAGUGGGGAAGUGCCGGCUGCGCGUGUCUCCAUUCUGCAGUUAAGAUUGUGUGCUCCUUGUUCACUGGGUCAAUUAUAGCCGUAGGCGCUUAGAAUCAACAAUUUUAACUGUACUUACUGAUCUCAAAUGGAACAUGUGUUUUGACUAUCUAAGGUUCACAAGCUUAUACUUACUGAUCUGCCAAGAAUUGUACCUACAAAUUGCUGAAGAUCUCCUGUAACUACAUUACUGAGCAUAUCCUGCCCUAAUGUAAUCCCGUGAUGGUCAUACGGUUGUUACAGUUACUGGGGACAGAACCCAGCUGCUAGAAGUAGUAGGGAUGUCGAAUGAGCGCCAGGUUGACCGCGUCCCCGGAACAGAACCACAUCGAACGAAACGCGACCUCAUCAUGAUCAUACCAGAUCAGAGUAAGGUACUCACACAUUUACUUUUCUCAGUAUCAAGGGUAGAAGAAAUCCAUCUUCACGGUCAUCGAUGCCGCCAAAGAUGGAUUUCUUGUACCUCAGUCAGUACAAGGGUAUAGUUGUAUAGCCAUACAACAUGUUUGUCAUUACUUCCUCCAUUUGAUACAAGAACUUUUGAAGAAUAGAUGGACGAGAUUUUCAACAUAGCAGGAUCUGAUACAUUCUUUUCCCCUUUGAAUAAGGACGAGGUGUGCUGCAAAUCUUGAUCGGCUCUCACCUUUUAUAGGUGAAGGCUCAGGCCCCGCGACGCUUAGCGCACUAAGUACAACAGCCGGUUAGUUUUCACAUCUCAACUUCUUAGGUUAUCCCAUGCAACAAUAUAAGAUCUGGGUAAGGCUGGCUCCACCACUAUGCCCAUCCCGAUAAAUAGACUGUUUGUUUGAGUGUGAACUUGGAUCUUUUACCCAAGUGCGUACAUCAGUCAAUCCCAAGUACGUUCACGUGCAUAAGUAUUUCACCCUACGUACUAGAAUCCUGCCAUACUUUCUUACUUAACGAGGUUUCCAAAACGCGGGAGCUGUUAGAGCUGUUUUCGUCUUUUGUCGAUGUCGAGGAUGCGUUGGACUUGAUGGGUCCGGAGAAGGAUAACGAUGGCACAGUCCAUGAGCAGAUGAAGAUCGUGCUAGUGCAUAUGGACGAAGCCGUAGAGGACGGGGGCAUCAUCGACAUCCUAGCUUGUUAAGGGUUGGAACCUAAGAUGCAUGUAGACAUUCGAAUUUCAAGGAAUAUUGUUGGGACCUAGAAAUACUUAUGAGCAUAAAUAUAGAAAUAGAUUAUCUAUGACCGCGUUUUCUUCACAACUAGGAAAGAAAGAAAAUCAUAAGUUGAUAUACCUGCUUAGAAGAAGUACAUGAUACAAGCUAGAGAACAAGAGUCAUGAACUUGCAACCUCUAAGCAUGCACAGGUAUGCUGCAGGAUUCUGAGCAAUUGAUUGUUCUAGAGCACGAGAUGGACCGCGAUGAUCGGCUUCUAGAGUGCUUGUGUCAUACCAUUGUGGACCCGGAGCUUGGGGAAGUAAUGAUUGUGGAGCACGAGUGGGCUGGAGACGGUCUAGCUCAUGAAAAGCGGGACAACGUUAAGGCCCGUUUCCACAUUUUUCUAUCUUGCACUAACAAAAUCUUGCACUAACAAAAUCUUGCACUAACAAUAUCUUGCACUAACAAAAUCUUGCACUUCUAACAACUUGCACUAACAACUUGCACUUCUAACAACUUGCACUAACUACAUCCUGUACUUGCAUCUUCCCUGACUCUACUUUUCCCAGCGAGAAUUCCUGACUCUUUUUCCAAUAUAAGAAUAGAAAGAAGUCAGGCUACUCAGGAAUAUUCUGAAGAAUUGAUUCAAAAAUGUCGGAACAACUUCUAAGAAGAAAGAUAUUUUCGAUGUGGGAGCGUGGUACAAACCAACACGCAUGAGCGACUAUGGGGAAAACAAUCGAAUGCGAGGCUUGGCGCGGAAUGAGGAGAAACGCAUAGCAAGCGGAGGCCAGAACGCGGAGAGCAGCGAGGACUUCAAUUAAGAGCGAGGACUACUAAUCCAUCUUCGGAAGCAUAAUUGUCCCCCAAAAAUCCAUCUGCGGAAGCAUCUCAAUGCUGUCCCGUAAGGAACAAUCUGUCCCGAAAUUAUACUGUAGUCCUGUCGGGGAAUGGGAAAAACAGCAUCGACGAUGAUGCUGUUCUUCAAUAUAAGAAACAGGAGGUCCUCUCGGGAUUCUCAAUGCUGUCUCGUAAGGGAAUAACAGAGCCGAGACAACGAGACGGAUUUCUGAGGGUCGUGGAUGCAUCCCAAGAUUCAUCCAAGAUGGAUUAAUAGAGUGAAGACCUCUUCUGCUAAUACAAGUUGAAACCGCUAGAGAGCAGUCGCCACUACAAAGCACCGCUUGAUUCGAACGAUGUUCAGAAUCACUGCAAAGUGAUGAAACCAACGACAAGCAACAAUGUGACGAACUUCAAGAUGUCAAAGUUAAGGCUAGAAGUUUUUCACCAUAAUCCCUUGUUGUGGACCGACUAUGCUGCCUCUGAGUGGAGUCCCUCUCGAUUUGAUGAUGUGCAUCUCUUCGGCUUACGCAGACUGCCCCCUGGAUUUGAAGGGGAAAAUAAGGAAGAGGAAUAGGGCAACUCAGCCGAGUAAGCAUAGUGAGAAACUAGCGCUAACAAAGGCGAUGCGGGAGAAAGAGAUGGUAGCAAAGCCGGACUUCAGGGUUGCAAUGGAGGGCAUCGCGGAGCACUGCAUCGCUGGCGUUUUGGGAGAGAGGUUCAAGCACAACGAGAGGCUAUCCGACUUACUCACGCGAGCGGGUGCGCACGCGGUGAUCGCUGCCGCUGAGGUCGCGGCACAGGUGCAGGUGAAUAACAAGGGAAAUGCUGUCCAGGAUGCUCUUACAACUGCGUCAACCGGCAAGCUACCAGGGGAUCUGCAGUCGGCAGACCCUAGUAGUUUCGAUCCGAAUUCGAUCUUGCCGCUCUCGACGCUCGGAUCCACUAGCCCUUCUUCGCAGCCCGUUUCACAGUCCGCGGCGUUAACGUCACUCAAUUUGCAGUCGCGAUCAGGGGCAAAGGCAGCCGCAAAGGAGCAGGCGGCGGCAAAGAAGCAGAACACCCAGGAGGACGCAUCUUUGACCGUUUUUUAAGGCUAUUUUGAUGGGAGGAACUUAGAGGGGGUCGCCAUCAAGGAAUUUUUGUAGCGACCCGCCUUCCAUGACCCCCUGAAGGAAGCUCUAAGUUUUGGAGGAAGUCGGUCGGUUUGCGGCGCGCCAGGCGCUGGCUAGCGGAGAGCUGAACCGGGAGAAAGAGGGGCUUACCCUCUACUCUGUGGCGGAAGCUUUACUGGUGCACGCGCGCGUGGGUGCGGCCAAAUUUCUCAAAGUUAAGGCUAGAAUUUUUUCACUAUUCCAUGGAGCCAACGCAGAUAUUUAAGGAGUAAAGCGAGAAAUGUAGACACAGGUACCAAAAAAAAAAGAAAUUUGUGCGAGUACUGAAUGAAUGAAUCAUGGUGUGGAGUUGUAUAAGGGGGAAAGAAACAAGGGAGAACGAGAGGAACGCCCUCAACAGGAUGCGCUAACAAAAGCACAACGGAACAUUUGCAACAACUGGGAGUGGCAGAACUACUGGAGCACGAGACCAGUGUAGCUGCCAAAGGCCUGCUGGUCGCCCUCUUUGGUCGCGCCGCGCUGCAGGAACUGGGCGGAGCCGCGUCAAUCUCGGCUGCCGCUAGCUCGGGGGAUGACCCGGAUUUGCUCGUGGAAACAUUGGAGCGCGCAGCAAUGAAAGCAGUGGUACGUCGUAUUUACUGGCGUGGAGAGGAACGCAUCCGACAGAGAAUGGAAUACCUCACUCAAUUAUGGAUGCGCUGGGAGUACAGAUCACUUUAUUAGUUCUAUGUAUAUAUAACAAGAACUACCUUCGACUCCUCGGACUCCCCUUUCCUCGUGGUGUAUGUAAUUCCCGGUUCUGAUAUGCCAUUGAUGCAGCAGAUGCUAAAGCUUAUAUUCAGACUACAGCUAUAAAGAGCACCUACUUCUUUUCCUUUCAUAGAAGAAGCGACAUGGCAUGCAGGAAACGUACCGCAAAAAUAUGGCCUCCGCGUGGGCGGAUAAAGUAGCGACGGCAGAUUCAAAAAUCCAGAAAAGCGUAUUUUUGAAUGUUGCUUGAUGUUCUUUUGUUUUUCUGAGACGGAAAUGAAAAAGGUAGCCGUUUAAGGUGUUGCAUGUAACAGAUACAGACGAAAACAACGUGUAAGAGCUGUAGCUCAAAAUGUUCCAGUUGAAGCAACAGGAAUGAUGUUAAAUCUGAACGAGACCUUACAACGAACUUAACAAGCACUUCAGUGUAACCUUCUCAUUGGUGUAACCCUUUGAUAACCCAAAAAUAUUCAGCUUGAUGCCCGUAGAGGUCUGCAUGGUGUGUCUGUGGCUAGGCACGCGAAGUCGGGACAACGAAAACUCUGUCGGGUUGGCGAGUAUGCGGAUGUCACAUCGGACGUGCUGAUUCGAAAUUUUCGUUUGUUAUGGAGGGUUACAAGUUCUUCACCUGUGGUAAGUAGUAUCAAUGAUCUCGGAGAAUGAUAUUUUCGUCGCAGGGUUGUACAGGUUUUCCUUGUGGACGGCGAAUAACUUCUUGAAUCUUCCUAUCCUGACCACGACCAGAAACACAGUAAAACUGCUACUAAAGUUAGUUGCUGCUAGAGAAGCAGCGAUGAUGAUGAUGAUCAAGUGGAAGAUCUGAGGCAUGUUGAUGUCGAAUAGAUUCAGAUACUUCAUCAGGUUCCUCGAUACAGGUUGCCUACGUAGAAACAGGUUGCCUACUUAUAGAUGAAACUCCUAAGUUUGGGCGAUCACAUGGACGUCCUGCGACCAGGAUUCGGCACUACGACUCACGGCCGGUUGAAAUGCAACUCCAAAGACACCCAGCACUUGGUGCUGGAGGUCAUCAAUAUUUAUGAGAAAUGAAGAGGAUAGAUGCGUUUUUCUAUGUCACUUUUCUUUGUUCGGUCCCACGUUACAUAUUAGCAAGAUGAUAGAAGACUGAGUGAUGAUAGACUGUUAUAGUACAUAGAAUGUUUAUUUUCGGUCUUUAAGGCGCUGUUAUAAUACAUAGAAUGUUUGUUUUCGGUCUUUAAUUCGCUGGAGUGUAUUAAUUUCUGUAUCUGUAGAAAAUGAAUAAUCUUCUGUAUAAGAGUUGGAUGAAGUGUUUUUCUAAGGUACCGCAAAGACGAUGGACCACGACAAGCUACAUACGGUCUGUCCAGAUUUUCCGUCCCUGGCGAAGCAGCUUACGAGUCGUGUAUCGCAAGCGGUAAUGCAAUUUUGCCCUCCGGAUAUUGUGGAGCGCAAUAUCAGUUUAGUCGCAGCCUCAAAAACGCUUUAUUUAAGGCUCGUACCGCUAAAAGGCCUGUGGUCUCCUUCUCCUUAGUAUCAUCUCUUAUCUUGAUGGUCAUAUCAUAGUCCUUUUCACAUCAUGUACCGCUAAAAGGACCGUCCUUCACAUCAUAGUCCUUGGCUGUUCUUUUUCUAUAGUUGAAAAAGAAGCCCCCUCUCUAUUGAGGGUAACAAUUUACGAUUAGACUCGUCUCAACAAAGAGGAACAACCUGGGAACAACGCGGCAGAAGCUCCUCUAAUGUAUGGCCUUGCAGUCGUGGUCACGCAGCCGGGACCUGGUGCUACCAAGGAAUCAGUUCCAAAAGUCACAGUAAGCGUCCGACAAGUGGCCGAUCCGCCCCUGCGCUUGCUACCCAUUGUGGAGACGGAAAUAGAUGCCUUGGGAGCUAUCCACGACAUUUAUGCUCACUAGUGGCAAAGUCUAUUUAGCAGUGACUGCACUACAGACAUUUUUGUGUGAGAUCUUUCUCUUGUAUUUUUACAUUGUUUGUAUUGCGCUGCUUGCGUCUUCCGGAGGGGUCAUUGUGCAGCACCCAUAAGCUAACCAUCAUCUUCCUUGAGUUUAAAAAGACUGCAUCUUCUAUCGUGAAGUACUAACUUCUAGCAUAAGUAGUUCCUACAGUGCGUCCUCAAUAAACUUGUAGCAUUAGUUCUUUCUAAGCAUGACGAGUUCUUUCUCAGCAUAGUUCUUGGUACUUCUAGCAUUAGUUCUUUCAAUAAUAACGUACAGAGUGCAACAAGUGCUUCUGUCUAAGAAGCGGCGUCCGGUUGUGCAGCCAGCGUGAUCGGCCGAGGGCUUGGUUUUGUCGUGUUCCCCGUGGGAGAGGAGGCGGUAAAAACGGCGGAGUCCCUGUCAGUUAAGGCUUCCCCUGAUCUGAUCCAUCUUGAGACGCACAGACAUCCUGAAAGGGUUUUCAAACAUCCUGAAGAAAGGGGUUUGUUUUCAAGGGGAAAAGGCACCCCCCAGGAAGAUGCAUUUCGUGGUGGAUUAGAUCGUGACCUCCUCUAAGUCAGGAACAGUUAUGCGCAUCGUGGAAGCUGGCAAGCAAGUAGAUGGAGAAGUGCUAGAAGACUUUCAAGACUGCCUGAAUGCCAGUAUCGUAGACGAAAUGAACCUGUUGCAGGCGUGUCGCUGUGUGCAGUUUUUUGUGGAAGCACAGUGCGACCUGAUCAUGUCACACCAGAAGCGGCACGUUGACUUAGAGUCCUUGCGCAAGGUGGAAGUGGGGUGUAAGGUGAGCAAGGAUCGGCAGUUCGAUCAAAUUCUGGGUGGCGAGAACAGUAGAUACGUGAAAGCGAAGAUGGCGAGUACGAACGUCUUGGUCGCAGAAGCCUGUAACGCAUUGGCCUUGGAGAUGCACCGAUCGAGCGAGAUAGAGCUGAUGACUCGCUCUCUAUUAUGCCUCGAUCUUUUAGCAUCAUAUAAUCUGAAUCUUCUCCUACUGUGAUGAAAAAGAGGACCCUUGAUUGUUCCUGACUUUUCUUCUACUUUAAAAAUACGACACGAAUAAAUAAAGUUCUCACGACCGCUACUAGUUCUAACUUGAGCAGCUAGAUGGCGUUACGCACCGGUUAAACUAGUCUGCAAUAUCUCAGACGCGAUCGAACAGAUGGCAGCAGGACCGGAAAGCCUGACCGUAGCAGACCUGUCGGGAAUGACAUCAUACCCUGAGAAUGAUGCUCGCAGAGUGCUGAACUCAGUCAUCGAGGAUGUCAUCGACCGACGAUGCGAAGCCUUCCAACAAAAUUUGACUGCGACACUAUUGAAAGCACCGCGGGACGCAGCUCUAGUAGGCAACUUUCUAGAGCAAUUGAGGACAAGAUUACCAGAACUACGAGAGAAACUCCUGAAAGAAAUGGUAUUUUUUUCUGUGCACUUGUUAUCGUUAUUCAGGCUUUUGAUCUCCUAAAUAAGCAAAGAACUAAUGGUUGUUCCUGUUAUUCAGGCUUUUUUGUUGACACACGGAGAAAAGUGGAUUCUGAAGUUGAAGGCUUUUUUUUCUCAAAUAACUAAAAUCUUCCAAUAUCAGAUCAAGCCCGAAUUGCAGCACAAAGUCCCAGAUGCGUUGCCCAACGACGUGACAGUGUUAGCCAAUUUCGUACUUCGGACGUUAGAGCUGUCCUGUGGAGAGGUGCUAAAGCAGGAAAACAAGACCACACAGGAGAAGGAGAAGGCUCUAAUUUUAUGGUCCUCACUUGUGAUUCUGAUUCUGAUUAAUGUUCAUGUAGAUCUUCUAAACGGGCACUCUACCAUGAUCAUCUUGGUAAUGUUCUUCUAUCUAUACCAAAUAAGAUUCUCGACUCUGCAGGUUCUUUUAUUGUUUCCACAUGAAGAAACACCACUAGUCACUAGUAUUUUGCAAAUGCUCGAUGUAUUCUGGGAUCCUUGACGUCAACAGUGUUUUGGGUGGUCCCUCUUGCUUUUCUAAUACAAGAUACUGCUGAGUGGCUUGGACUUCGUGUGGGUCAGCAGAUAGAGGCAGAAUUUGGACAGGAUACUGGAAUGCGAAGGGUUGUGUACGAGCUUUGCGGCAUUCUCACCGACGCCAUGGUGAUAAAUGCACGGGAAAGGAACUUGGUUAAGGCUCCAUCAGGCAAUUUUGAUUUCUACUCCUACUACAAGCGAGCCCUUUCUCCUUAUAACCCUAUGAUUUCCAUCCUAGAAUGGGGAGAAGAAAGAAUGUGGAGAAAACGUGUUCCUAGAAUUUUGGGACAAUUGGGAGAGUAAAUGAAGGGAACAAGAAGAAAUUAGUUGCUUACAGUAGUAAGUAAAUGAAGGGAACAAGAAGAAAUUAGUUGCUUACAGUAUUUGAGCUCUAACUUGGCGCCCGUUGUUGCCGCUUUCGUCGCAAAAGUGGGGUCAAGAUGCGCGCAAACGAAAUACUUGACGCCACUGGAGAGCCUGAGCAAAGACUCGGACGAGGAGCUUGCGGCAAGAAACACAGCGGAAGCAAGAAGGAGCUUCCUCAAUCUAGUGGUGCGGGAGCUGAAACACGUAAGCAGCUUUGACGGAGAUCUGAUGACUGAUUUCUGCGAACGCUUAGUAGAGAUGAUGGAGAAGGAAGCGGACGCAGAGGGUCCAGCAUACCAUAGCGGCGAAAGUAUAUCGGACGCCUUGCUCGUUCGAAGUCAUCACCUCAAAAAGCAAGCAACACAUGCCUCCAUCGGAGCAGCGCAAAACUUCCUUUACGUCCUCAAGUUUUUGAAUUAUUUAACUUCUAGUGGAGGUACUAGCAUCUUCGGGUACUUACUAACAUCGCUUGAUGAUGGCUGAUGCAUAUUAAAUAUCUUCUGGUCCUCGUUAAAAAGUGACAACAAACAGAAACAAUGUUGACAGCUCUAAUCUGAAGUGGACGGGGUCGAAGUUUUGGAAAAUUACACCGCUUUAGUCGACGACGUGAUCGAGGAAGCAGGAGUCGAAGCCCGAGUAAAACAGCACUUCGUUGACACCGUAGGCCGAAGAAUAGUAGAAAACCUCGCUGUGCGGGAAAUCAAGUACAUUUCGCUCAUAGUUGCUUUUUUUGUUUUCCAUAAGUUGCAUCAUGAUAAGUGAACAGGCCGACGCCUAAGCCACUAAGCAAACUGCGCAGUUGGCCUCAUUGUUCUUCGUCCAAAUCAUACCCACUACUCGGCAUUGAUUUUCGAAUUCAUUGUUCUUCAUCCAACUAAGUGUCUACCUGACACUUAAAAGCUUCCUCCUACUCAAAAACGUCACACUUAAAAGAUACCUCCUACUCGAAAACUUACUUUUUCCAGACGUGUGGAUCUGCGAGACGAAGUGAUCAACCGAUUGUCUAUGCGUGGUGGAAGCAAGAGUUUGAAGCCGCAACAUCGUACUCUAGCUGCAGCAGCCAAGCACUUCGAACAACUGAAGCACUUCGUAAUCGGGCAUUUAGAACGUAUCUCGCAGAUGGACGCCUACGAGCUCAUCUUUGUGGAGACCCAAGUUCUCUUAUGGCUACAAUGUACGUAACAUUUUUCUCAGCAGCAUUUUGUUUUUGUUCUUGCCUAAGCACCACUUAUGGGACGACUCUUGCCUACUCGUACUCUCCUACUCCUAGUUGUAGGGGAAAAGAACAACGCGAGAGAUCAUGCUAUUGAGGCUGCUAAUGCGGUAGCUCUAAUCUUGGCGAAAAAAAUCGCGGACAAGAUGGAUUCCCUCAUGGACAUGGGAGUAGCCAACGAGCGCAUCUUAGCCUUCGUCGACGCCAUGGAAAAAGACCUUUUCUUAUGGAUGCUGCUUACAUUUUUUAGCAGAUGGGUUGAUAAUGAAUGUCUGUGGGUCAAUCAUUAGCAACUACACCAACUACAAGUGUUCAUACUUCUUAAAGCCCACAACUACAAACACUAAACUCGUACUUCUUCACUGAGCAGUUGCCCUUAUGCAAGCUGUUUUUUUCACGUUUUUUCCCAACGAGCAGUUCAACUUCCACACUCUAAUUUUUGUGCUCCUAGAGAAUGCGUUGGUAGAAAAUAAGAAGGCCGUAAAGAACCGGCGACCUGCGAAUGUGAUAAACUUCCAGAUCACCGAAUCGGGCGCGGGCCAAUCUCCAACAAGGUUAUGGCGAGAAAGCUACCGCGGUAGGUUUUAGAAAUCAAUAGAAGGGGUGAAUAUAAUUUUUAGUAUAGGAAUAUUAAGCGAGGUGACUGCCAGACCGGCUAAUUAUGAGAAUUUACUUGUGACUUGAAGCUUGACGGUGCAAAAAACUUCUACUGGCUCUUCUCUUCUCUUCUAACAUCGGGAAGCAAAGAAGAAAAAGGUGCGUCUGGUUCUGUCUUAGUAGGCCAGAAGGAUAAUAAAAUGACACGAAAGCAGGCGUUGGAAAACUACGAUACACUUUAAGGCGAAUGAUCUCAUAUACAGUAACAGAGGUAUCUUCAUUGUCUACUCAUGUAAGAUAGAAACAUGUGCAAGAACAUCAAAUUCGAUUGACUUUAUCUUCUCUAAGACGCCCUUGUGGCAGUCUGCGCAGAUUUUUGUGCGAGAUUCAUUGCGUUGCAUUAUCUUCUGUAAUAUUGCUCCUGAUGUUCAUCUGGAGUAACGCAACGUUCUCGUUGGGUCGCAUUACGACCUCUCUCUAAGAACACCCGUCCAAUCGGACAAGGACUCCCGCGAAAGACGCGACCGUCUCUGGUGAACAGCAAAUGCUACGCACAAAAAGAGGCAACGAGGCAUACGACAAAUAUCUUUAAGGCUUGGCUUGGAAAAUUUUCUGGUUCUUUUUCAGUUAGGCUAGAUCCACCACUUCAUUCUAAGUAAUAGACACAGAGAUGGAUGGUUUAUGUUUUCAUGCAACUACAUGUACAUCGAGAUGGAUGUACUUUCAGGCAGCUUAGGUUGUCAUGUGCUUCGUCUAUGAAUGAGUGAGUGAGUACUUACUUUUACUAAAGUCUAGACAGGCGCUCAGACAGUAGUCGAGGUGCCUAAGAUUUCCACGAGAUUUCCGUUGGGGUUGACAAUCAACUACGAAUAGAAAAGCAGGUGAACAGAAUGAGUAGUGUAACAAGGAUGGAAUCAGUCGAAGGUGGUGUGAUCUUUGUGCCUAAGCUAGAGGUGAUCGGGUUAUUGGAACGACCUCUAAGGCAUUGACGGAGGAAAGAACAGGCAGUUAUUCUACCCAGAACCAGAUGGCCAUGAACAAGUGAGCAGCAGGCCUCUUUUUUACCCCGAAGAGGAUGCUAGGGUGAGCAGGUGGAUGUGAGGAGAAGGGGCUUUUUUUUAUUUUCUACAGCCUAGUGCCUAGUAGAAUCACUCUUCGCUACUUUUUUUGAGCUUAAAUGCUUCUUUUCUACGCAUGACAGGUAAGGUGUGCCGUGUCGUGAUGAUCUUCAUUAUAUGAGAUCAUGAAUAAGUUGUACGAGGCUACUUACUUCGAAGAAGACUCUUUCGUUUAGCGUUGAAGAUUGUCAUAUGUUCGACUCAAAGUCGUACACGACUUCAUUUUUUAGCGCGAAGAUCAUGUUGUCGUACAAACAAGAAGGGAUGAUUAUACAUCACUCACUGCUUAAGUAAGGAAAUUAUGAUACAUCGUUAGUUACAGUUCUGUUAGCAUUAGUCCAUCACAAAGCAUACGAAUACGAAACUACUAGUUGAUAAAGAACUACACGAAGAACGUGCCAACGACAGCCUUGGUCGUGAUGCAAAACAAAAUUAAAGCAUAUAUAAGUAUGUCAGACAAAGUUCAUUGAGAAACAAAGUAACUUCGAUGAGAUUUGCGCAGGUAUGAUACGAAUUUAUUCCCACCAUUAUCUACUUAUUAUAUUUGUAUAGAAAAAUCAAACACUGUCAAGAAAGAGGCUGUAGAAUCACGUUGAUACUCAAUCAAGAACAAUAAUCAGCGUAAGACUUACUAUCUUCACAUGGCGUUUGUACAGAAACAAAGGAUACUAAUUCAUCGUAAGAUGCUUGUACAGAGACAAAGAAGCUGGAGUAGAAUACGAAAGUCCUUAUCCUUAGAGGCUCAAUGGUAGCCCAGUUAUCCUACGUUUGGGCCUACCAAUAUGAGCGACGUGAAUAGCAAAAA